CGUCGAGGUACACAAACACACCGCACUCAGGAAAAGUUUUCAUGAAAACUUUUUCCCAGAUGGAACCAGCGGAAGCUGUCAAAUAAGUUUCUCUGAGCAUUGUGUGGUCUGACCUUGGACUGAGGCAUCCACUCCCAGGAAGAUUAUGAAAUGGAAGGGAAGCAGGGUGACUCACCACUUGACUUGAGCCACCUGACAGAGGAGGAGCAGACCUCCAUCCUGCAGGUUGUACAGCGUGACUUGGAGUUACGUCGCCGUGAUGAAGGGCGUGUAAGAACCCUCGAGCAGAGAGAGACAAACCCAACACACCUGCGCUUCCUGUCAGGAGCAUGGUUCAGCGAGGAGCGCAGCAAACGCCAUCAUAACUGGAUGUCGGGCUGCGACCUCGUACACUCCACCAUACGCCACAGGAAGACAAAGAGCAGAGAUAUACCCCUGAAUGGACUUUUCAAUGGAGAGAGAGAAGACAACAACAACACCUCACCUGAGACUCAAGGACAUGUGAAGGACUACAAGGAGGAAGAGAAUGGAGGGACUCAAAAUUUGAAACCUGUACCAACACCCACAGCAAACGAUCCCAUGUCGCAGGGUCUUCAGCACAGUAACAGUUCCUCAUCAUCCAAAGAAUGUGAAGCCAGAAGUAACGGCCACUUGGAGGAACCUGAGGAAGACUUGAUUGACAACCAUAACGGGGACACUGACUCACUGAGCAGCCUGACAGAGACAGAUCCCUCUUCUCUGAGAACUAGCAGCUCCACCAACAGCCUUCAUUCGGGCUAUGUGCUCAGUGGUAGCAUGAUGAGUCUGUUCAGCUCGGGGGAUUUCGGAGUGGUGGAAGUGAGGGGCCGUAUCCAGUACUCACUGGCUUAUGACAACCAGAAGGAGGAGCUGCAAGUCAAAGUGUAUCGCUGUGAGGACAUUGCUGCAGCACGCAAGAACCGCUCUGACCCAUAUGUAAAAACCUACCUCUUGCCAGACAAGUCAAAUCACAGUAAGAAGAAGACUUUGGUGAAGAAGAAGACCCUAAACCCAGUUUAUGAUCAGACACUCAGAUAUAAGGUGCGGGUAGGGGAGCUGCGGAGUCGAACCUUGAACCUCUCUGUGUGGCAUGCCGAGCCCCUGGGGAGGAACGUAUUUCUCGGGGAGGUGGAGGUGGCUUUGGCGCUCUGGGACUGGACCUGCACACAGCCUCUGUGGCAGGACCUGCAGCCACGGGUUUAUCUGAGCCCAGACUCCAUUAGCAGUCGUGGGAACAUCAUGUUCUCUAUUAAAUUCAUCCCAGAAGGAUAUGAAGGUGGUGGUUUGCCUCUAACUGGAGAAGUUCACAUCUGGCUUCGGGAGGCUCAGGGUCUCCUGUCCAACAAAGGAGGCGCUGUUGACUCCUUUGUUAGAAGCUACAUACUCCCAGAUGCAAGUCGUCAGAGCAGUCAGAAGACCCGAGUGGUGAAGCGCUCCAUCAGUCCUACCUACAACCACACCAUGGUAUACGAUGGCUUCCAUACCAGCGACUUGAGAGAGGCCUGUGCUGAGCUGACAGUCUGGCAACGUGAAGGGUUAAAGACUCAUAUCCUGGGAGGGAUCCGCCUAAGCUGUGGAACUGGUCAGAGUUAUGGUGAGGCCGUCAGCUGGAUGGACUCCACUGAAGAGGAAGUUGCUGCAUGGAUGUCCAUGAUUGAGAACCCAAACCACUGGAUUGACGCAACGCUGCCAAUCAGAACGAACCUCGCCCGACGGUCUGAGUGACUCAGCAAUGUCCUGCACUCAAAUGCAAUCAUUUGUAUGCAUGUUGCUCUAAUGGUUGGACUAAAGGAAAGCCAUCUUUAUAUCAGAACAUUUAACCUCUUUGUCGCAGUGAUACACUCACACACACGUUUUUCUUUUGUUCAAAGUAUAUACUGUACAUGGCACAAAAACACAAAAAGCAGUGGUAUAAUAUUAUGCCUUAAUGGAGUAGAUUGGAAAUAUUUUGUUUUGAAAUCAAAUGUUCCUUUUUUAAUGUGUAUUUCUGUUCAGUCUAGCUCUAAAGAGGCAUUUGUAAUUGAGUGUAGAGUAUGAAGUAAAAUCAAACCUAAGUGUCCCGGGUUAGUUGCUUCUCUGUGAUAGAAUAUAACGAGCAGGGGUAGGAGGUCUUUCUUUUUAGAAGGAAAUAAUACUUUCAUUGAUAUUUCAAGCUCAGUCUCAGCCCUUUCAAACUAUUUAGGGCAUUUAAGAAAAUCAUGCCUGAUGAUGUUCACUGUGAGAAAUUCUCAUUCAGAUAACUGUAUUAUUAUUAUUUUUAUAUGUAUAUUUUUAGGCAUCAUUAUUGUAAAUGACUGGGAAAAUCCUUGCAGCUGAAUGCAUUCACCCAUUCCUUUUGACUGAAGAGCUGACUACCACCUUGUGGUCGGACUAUAUACAAUUGUCAACACACUUAGCAAAGUACAGAGGGCCCAGUGAAGACUAAGGUUACAGGCAUGAAGAGCGAAGAAAAGGUCCUGUAGGUUUCCUUCACAUCAGCUAUUUUUCUUCAUAUUUGUCACCAAAAUAAUUUAUUACACGAGUCGUGAGUCAGAACUCGCGUCCAGGAGAUGGCAAUAUUUACAAUACUUUUUCAAGCUGGAAUAACAGUCAGUGUCUGUGUUUUGUCUCUUAACAUUUGUGAUUCGUGGAUUUUACAAAAGCUGCACCUUUCUUGUUGACACCAUAUACUGGAAGUCCAGUAUUAUUGGUGUUACUGUGCUGCACUUUAAGGUUGUUGUUCAAAGAACUUCUGUAGGACACUGUGUGAUUCUAAUGUUUUUGGUUUCAUAACAAACACUAAGCUCUCGUAAGACCAUUCUGUCUUUAUUUAAUUAAGUUUACUAGUUUAUUACUUUUUAUUAUUGCCUUGGAUAGUUGUGUCGUUAUAGCUCUGUGUGGCCUGCACACGUUCACCGUUGAGGAUUCUUUCUGAGAACUGCAGUCUGUUUGAAAUCUGCUUCACAAUGCUGUCUGCUUAAAAUAAUGUAUUAAUCUUCUGCUCCUGUAAGCUUUUCGUCAUGAGAAAUUACAGGUUGUCCCUGUUCUCUCCUUGAUUCAUUUUUCAUGUCUAAUAUAAUAUCUAGCUGAGAGACAUCAGCUGAAAAUUACUUCUAACACUAGCAGGUCUACAGUGUUGCAUUAUCCUUGACAAAUUAAAUUAAACUCCUUGUGCAGUUUAUUUUGGGGGUUGUGGGUGGAUGUACUCUCCUUGUAUAGCUGUUUAAAUUAGCAUGAUGGCUAAUAUGUGUCAAAAUUCACAACUCACUAUUUAGACCCUUAGAAUUGCCCCUUAAGUCAUCAGAUAUACACUGCUGUGAAAAAGUAUUUGCCCCCUUCCUGAUUUCUUUUAUUGUUUUUGCAUAUUUGCCACAUUUACAUUUUUUAGAACAACAAACAAAUUUUAAUAUUAGGCAAAGAUAACCCAAGUAAAUAAAAAAAUGCAGAUUUUAAAUCUUUAAAAAAAACUAUCCAAAACUAUAAGUGAGGUCUACCAAAAGCGUAUUGAUGACUAACCUAUCAUACAACGGUCAACCAUGGUGGUGGUAGUGCGAUGGCCUGGGGCUGCUGUGCUGCUUCGUUUGAUGAUCUGAAACAACUGUGACAAAUAUGGAGGAAAAAAAGAGAACGGAAGAGGCUAAUAUUUUUUCACAGCACUGUAUACUGGAAAAUGCCCUUUAUGCAUGUAAAAACAUACAUUUUAUAUGAGGAGAUCUUUAUUUCAUACAAAUUAAAUGUUUAAAUUAGCUUGGGCUAUAAUACACUUACUGAGUAAUGAUGAUGUAGUUAUUUUGAGUUAUACAAGUUUUAGUUUAAAACUUAAUUUAGAUCGCUUAUAUAAAAUAUCUUUUUUUAGUUGUUAGAACU